GGGCUGUAGAAGGCCUGGAGUAGACCGCAUUUCUCGAAGACACGUCAGUAUUAAUAUUGAAAUAUUCCUCCUAUCGAUUGUAUACUAGUGUAUUGCUCUUUGAUCACAAAUAUGACUCUACACUUUUUGCUUGGAAAAAGACAUGUGCCCCGAAGCAGGGUACAACUCAUUCCAGUCGCAUGCAACAGAGGUAGUGCCGUGAUUGCCGCUAGGCGAUUUCGAUCCAGUUUGCAGUCUCCAGCACAGCCAACGGAGGCACCUCUCGUGGAGUCGUGCCUUGCCGCCACGAAUGGCUACUGUAGUCCGUAUUACCGACGUGUAAACCAAGGAAGCGCCGUGUCCUGGUUCCUGCACUUAGCGGCCGAUAUUGCCCCAGAGUUCGAGUUUUACGUGCUGCCGAAGCAUUCACGGUUUCCUCUCCUGAUUCGACGUCGGACGGCUGAGAACAACUCUCCGAUUGACGGCGAGUGGAGCCUGCUGCAGAUACGGUCGACGUGGAGGGUAUCUCGUGAUCCGUGCGACUCCGGUGAUGCAGGGCAGAGUGGACGCUACUGCACUGUGCGAAACGAUCCGUACCCUAUUGCCCCAGACGUGCCGAAUAUCAUUAUGUCCGGCGCGACAGUAUCAUGCUUUCUUUUCUCGGGCGACACACUCGGACCGCGUCUUUCGACCCGACCCGGCUGUGCGAAGGAAAUCGGCUUGCGUAAUUCCCCGGCACAGCUCGGCGACUGGCUACGGCAGAUGUACCCGAAACGAGCUAAUCCAGGGAUCUCGGGGACAGUGGAGAAGCUGAUCCUUCUCGCAACGACGACCCCUGCGAGCAGAACCCAGCGGCGUCUCCUCGUUCAGGUGAUGCGGUUUCCUGGAAUGCAGCACCUUACAUUCCACACCGAGAUCAUCGGUGGAGCGACAACGCACAAUGCUACGCUAUUCGGCAGGCGACUGCUCUUCCGUGGACCAGAAAACCGCUCUUCUUGUUACGGAUCAACUGGCACUCCGAAGACGCGAUUGCGCUACGAGUUCGGCGCUCGCCGACGUCGACCGCUGAGUAGCAGCAGCAAGGUCGAUUACAUGGUCCUCAUGAUUUGCGACCGACGCGAAAGUACGAAGCUUACUGGGGUGGGUGUUGUCCCGUACGUGCUUCUAGACAGACAGAAUCUCCUGUGGAACGAGGUACGCCUGCGCGUCAAGCAAAAGCCGGUUCUCAUCAUUGAUGCGGACAGGAAGAUUUCUGGUGAUUUCAAGGGGCUUGAUGAAUAUUUCUUUUUCUUUGAUGAUGCUGAUCUUUUAAGAAUAAGUGACCAGACAUCGAGCCGAAGAGCUCGAUUCACAGAGUUUAUCGAUGACAUAUUCACAAAGUGGGAUACCGUGAGCACAGUAGAAAGAUUACCCGCUCGGCCUGUCUCCCGGUAA